GCGUACAUCAGCAUCUAGCAAGGUCGAGAAAUUUAUGGAUAUCGAUAAGUCGUCAUAUAUAUAAUGUUAAAAAAAAGUUUCAACCACUGGAUUACUUACUGCAUAACACAACGAUUAAGUAAAACAUUUCGGCUUGAAAACUAAUAAUAGAACGUUUACUAAAAAUUUCGAAACAACCUUUGAUAUAUACUGACUGUCUCAAUUCAAAUACAAGUAAAAUGUCUGGAGGCGAAGCAUUAGGUGAUGUCCCAGGUUUGGCAGCGUCCCUAACCAUCAUGUGUGUCUUAGCUGUAAUAUUGAACAGUAUUGUGAUAGUGGUCUUUGCAACCAAAGCACAGUCGUUCACUUCGGUGCAUUUGUUCAUUAUGAACCUCUGCAUCAGUGAUAUAUUUCUUGCUGGAAUAGCUUUACCUGUUCGACUGGAUAACGGCUCACACGAAGGAGAAAGUUUCAAGGGAGGGGAUCCAGUUUGCAAAAUGAUUAUGUUUAUCCCUUUACUGUCUAUAUCGUCAUCAAUUUCCACCAUGGUCGCCAUUGCUGUGGACAGGUUUAGGGAAAUCAUUAAACGCCACAAGCUGCUUUCAAAACAGGCAAUGUACGUCAUUAUGGUUUCAUGGGUUUGGAGUGUAGUUGUAAGUUCUCCACAACUUUACGAGUAUAGCGUUUACUCGAACUAUGAUGAAGAGUACAAUGUUACCUCAUGCGGGUCACAUGACAUCGUUGAAAAUUUUGAAACUGUGUACGCUGUCAUUGUGAUUGUCCUGUCUUAUGUCGUACCUUUGAUACUCAUUACGAUUAGCUAUGUCAAAAUAAUGAUCUUUGUUUGGAAGACUGGAAAAAAUGUAGCUGGAAAGGAAAGUCAAGUCCUGAAAAAGAGAAUGAAAAUUGUUAGACUUCUCAUCACAAUAACAGUUGUGUUUGCUUUGUUGUGGUCACCUUACUUUGCUUUGUUUGGCAUGGAGGAAAUAUUGGGUCUGGAUGAUACACUUCAUACUGAAUCUGGAACACAUGUGACCAAGAAUGUACUUGUCGUGUUGAGUACAAUGUCAAAUCCAGUCAUUUAUUUUGUAUUCGAUGCUAAGUUUCGAAAGGAUCUACUCCAGUUAUUGACGAGAAAACCAUGUGGACAGCUACACGUGAACCAAGUACAGCCAAGUACGGAUGUAAUAAAUGAAUUAAGAAAUAAGUUAAAUACGGCGAGCACAACCGUCGAAUCCUUUGAAACAGAUUAAAAACUAUCCAGUCUAUUAAGUGAUAUUGUGGAAAAUCUUGGUGAUCGAUAACAGUCAUAGGUUUCUUUCAAUCAUUUUCGUCGAGGUUUUGCCUAUUAACAGUAUAAGCUGCUAACGGAACUUUAAACUGUAAAGUUUGUUAUAUAAUUGUCGCAAUAAUCACCUGUUUCUGGUUUAUAGUUUCAUUUCUGCUUAAUAUAUUGUUAAAAAUAA